CCCUCGCAGCCGCCCCGCUCCGUCCGCGGCCCUCUCCCCGCCCCGUGCGCCCUCGCGUCCUGCCGCCCCACGGCCAAUCCGCGCCCCGGGAGGCAGGGCGGCGGCGGCGGCGGGGCACGGAGGCUGCGCGCAGAGCCCGAGCUUUGUGCCCCUCGGCAGCCACUGCAGGAGGAGACCAAGAUGAAUGCAGAGCCCGAGAGGAAGUUCGGCGUGGUGGUGGUUGGCCUUGGCAGAGCUGGCUCUGUGCGGAUGAGGGACUUGCGGAACCCACAUGCUUCCUCGGCGUUCCUGAACCUGAUUGGCUUCGUGUCCAGACGAGAGCUCAAGAGCAUUGAUGGAGUCCAGCAGGUUUCUUUGGAAGAAGCUCUUUCCAGCCAAGAGGUUGAGGUUGCUUAUAUCUGCAGUGAAAGCUCCAGCCAUGAGGACUAUAUCAGGCAGUUCCUUAAUGCUGGCAAGCACGUCCUUGUGGAAUACCCCAUGACACUGUCUUGGGCAGCAGCUCAGGAGCUGUGGGAGCUGGCUGAGCAGAAAGGGAAAGUCUUGCAUGAGGAGCAUGUUGAACUCUUGAUGGAGGAGUUUGCAUUCCUGAAAAAAGAAGUGGUGGGGAAAGACCUGCUGAAAGGGUCUCUUCUCUUCACAGCUGGCCCACUGGAAGAAGAGCGGUUUGGCUUCCCCGCAUUCAGCGGCAUUUCUCGGCUGACCUGGCUGGUCUCCCUCUUUGGGGAGCUUUCUCUUGUGUCUGCCACGUUGGAAGAGCGAAAGGAAGAUCAGUAUAUGAAAAUGACUGUGUGCCUGGAGACGGAGAACAAAAGUCUGCUGACAUGGAUUGAAGAGAAAGGGCCAGGUCUAAAACGAAACAGACAUUUAAGCUUCCAUUUCAAAUCUGGGUCCCUGGAGAAUAUGCCCAAUGUAGGAGUCAAUAAGAAUAUUUUCCUGAAAGACCAAAAUAUAUUUGUCCAGAAACUCUUGGGCCAAUUCUCUGAAAAGGAACUGGCUGCUGAAAGGAAACGCAUCCUGCACUGCCUGUGGCUUGCAGAAGAAAUCCAGAAAUUCUGCUGCUCAAAGAACUAAGUGAAAGAAGCACGUGGCACUUCCAAGAUGGGACUGCAGUUUGAUUUUUAUCAAGAGUUGACCUUUAUCUCUCUUCUUACAAUUAAACAUGGUUUUGCUUAUUAUAA